CUGCCCACAGCAAUCCUUCAAUCAAAACCAUCAAACCCCACUCGCUGCCACAGAUAGCUACAGACAGCGAGAGAGAUAGGUCGUCUCCAUCUCUAUUCUGCUAACCCCUUACCACGCUGCUCCCCCACGCGUCAUCCCUUUUAACUCUAAUCUGAUCUCAACAUUCCCCAUAAAAUUUUAUUUUCCUUUUUCUUUUUUCUUUUUUUACCUUCGUUCUUAUCCUCCCCGAACCUUCUCCUCCUCUCACCUGUUUCCCCACUGUUUUCCGGUGAAUUUUCAUGUUCUCUGCGCUUCCCAAUCUGAUCGCUGCGCGUGUUUUCCUGCCUCUCUCUCCAUUUCCCAGAUCUAUCCCCCCCCUCCCAUUUGGAUUUCUUGUCCUCUCUCUCUUCUUUGGCCUCUGAUGAUUGUCGGUAUCAUUGUUCCCGUCCUUGCCAUUUCAGGGGACCGACUUCUCUCGGAUUUUUGAUCUCGGUAUUCCACGCGCUCUGUUUCAUUAUUGGUGGUUGGAUUUUUUUUUCUUUUGUUAGACAUGGAUUUGGACGAUUUCCGAUCCAUCUUGGAGACUGCGGGCGUUGACGUUUGGACUUUUAUCGACACCGCAAUUACCGUCGCUUCCUUGGAUUACGGCAAUGACUUGAAGUAUCGCCGGGACGGAAUCGUUGAGCGCCUCUACGGGGCUACUUCCGCUCCCGCGUCCUGUCGGAAUUGCGAGCCCAAUCAUCUCACGUCUAACGGCCGCGGAAUUAGCCCCCCAAUCAAGAAGCAAAGCAGUCCUCUCCCCGACAGAAGUCGUGCCUCUCCUGCAACGCCGCAAUCCCCCGGUAAAGACGACAACGAAGACGACGAGGAGAUAGAUCCUUACGGAGGUUUGUUCGAUGAUGAGCCCAAGAAGAUUCUUGAGAUUAAGGAGCAACUUGAAGACCCUAACCAGUCUGAAGAAUCAUUGGUGGACUUGCUGCAAAAUCUCGCGGACAUGGAUAUCACAUUCCAAGCGCUGAAGGACACUGACAUUGGGAGGCAUGUGAAUCGUUUGCGAAAGCAUUCAUCCAAUGAUGUUCGGCGAUUGGUGAAGCUCCUUGUCAGGAAAUGGAAAGAUAUUGUCGAUGAAUGGGUGAAGUUAAAUCCACCGGCAGAGCACGCCUCUCUCAUGGCUGAUGGAGACUCGCCUCAGCCCAAAACCACCGCCCAAAACGGCUAUCAUCAGAUUCCUGAUUUUGCAUACUCGCCAAAUCCACAUAAUGGUAGUUCUGGGUCGGACUGGAACAAUUCAGAAGCAGAACUAAAACCAAAACCAAUUCCUCGGAAAGAAGCCCCACCAAAACCAGCGCCAUCUGUCUCUGUAUCCGCUUCUGCUCCGCCUCAAAACAGACAGAGAGAACAGAGGGAGAGCAGUUUUGACGCGGAGAGACUUGCUUCGGCAAGAAGGCGGCUUCAAGAGAACUACAAGGAAGCGGAAAAUGCCAAAAAGCAAAGAACCAUUCAGGUGAUGGACAUCCACGAGCUCCCAAAACCAAAAGCCAAGAAUGCCUUCUUUGCGAAGAACAAAGGCGCGGGCGGUUCUCAGGGAAGGCACUGGUGAUAUAUGUAGUUGACGACUUACGUGUAAACAGCUUCGUGGGUGAUUCCGGAAAAUACCAAACCGGCUUGAAACCUUUUCAGUUGGUCGCCAAAAACUUUUCGUUUUCCUCUUUAUGAUUUUUAUUUAAUUAAUAACGAAAAGCACCAUAGAAACUAGAUAUGAGUUUUCCGAGCACCAUAUUCCUCUUCUUUUCAAGAGAGGUCUAAUUUCAGAUGAAUUAUUAUUUUUUUAA